AUGUCUCGUUUUGUUCCUUCCACGUCUCUUUUCUCCUCUCUGUCCGGCCGGGUUGUCGUUGCUGCUGGUGCAGCCACGGGCAUCGGUGAAUCCCUGACACGAUUACUGGUCUCACACGGCGCCCAUGUCUACUUUGGCGAUAUAAAUAUCGAGGCUGGCAGUGCUCUGGAGCAAGAGCUCUCCGUGUCCCCCCAAGGCUCGGCAACCUUUGUCAAAAGCGACGUCCAAGAGUACACGGAACUUUACACCCUCUUCCGCAAAGCCUACGAUCGACAUGGCCGUGUCGACCACGCCGUAUACUGCGCCGGCCUACUCGAGAAGGGCAGAUACUUGAACGACACUAGUUUGACGGUGGACACGGUCGGCGACAACCCUGGUGACUUGUCAGCCCUGGAUGUCAAUCUUAUCGGGGCGGCGAGAUUCACCAGGCUCGCAGUUGUAUUUUUGCAAGAUAAGCAGCAUGAGCAGCCAGAGAAUAAGUCCAUCACUCUGUUGAGCUCCAUUGGUGCCAUCAGGGACAGUCCUGGAGUGCCACUGUACCAGACUGGCAAGGUUGGGGUGCUUGGCCUUCUCCGCGGCAUGAGGCAUCUACCUUUCGCUGUGCCCCAAGGAUCUGCGUCCACUCCGAUAGUCAGAGUCAACGUCAUAUGUCCCGGAGUUACUGACACCCCCAUGACCGCCCAUCUAUUGCCCCACUUCAAGGCGUCCGGCGGCAGGGCGCACUGGCAGACGGCAGAAGCUGUGGCCGAGGUUAUUAUUGGUGUGAUGGUUGGUGGCAGAGAUAGUGGCAAAGAUCAGAUUCUGUUGGCUGGUAAGAGUCUGUACGUAGAAGCUGGCAAGGCAUUCGAGAUUGAGGAUGGACUGCAGAGGGAGAGACCGGCUUGGUUGGGACAAGAGCCUGAGAGGAUGUUGACCGAGAACAGGGACUUUAUCAAGUCGAUUGGUGGCAUCAGGAAGAAGGGAGAAUAA